AUGUCAGUUCCCAACACCUACGGCCUGGUGUUCGCCUGCACCUGCGCCAUGAUCCUGGGUGUGGGCCUGGGUGCCAACCUGCUGGUCUUCUCCUUAUUCGCCAAGUACAAGACGCUGCGUAAGAACCGCCUGGACAUCCUCCUGCUCAGCAUGUCCCUGGCCGACUUCCUCACCCUGCUGCUCAUCCCCUUCACCUUGCACUCGGCACUCAGCCACUCCUGGCCUCUGGACGACGUGGCCUGUAAGGUCUACCAGUUCCUGUUGGCCUUCAGCUUGGCGGCCAGCACCUACUCGCUGUGCGCCGUGUCCAUGGCGAGGGCCAUGAUCAUCACCAACCCCUACCAGCCUCCAGCUAUGGACCUGGUCAUCCUCAUGUUCGUUCUGGUCUGGGCCCUGAGCUUCCUCAUCAGCCUGCCCCUGAGAAUGUUUGCCACCAAAGAGAUCCUGAGCUCUAGCCUGGUCGACUUCUCCUUCUGCCUUCCUACCCUCCACGAGCAUCACUACCAGGUGGUCCUCAGCCAGUUUGUGCUCUUCUACUUUGUACCCAUGCUGGUCAUUGCCUUCAAUUACAUCCGCCUGGCUCUGUUUCUCCACAAGAGUCCGGUCAUGUCUAUACCUAGCGCCAGGAACACUCGGCGAGCCUCGGUCAUGGUCUUCUUGGCGGCCGCGACCUUCUCAGUGUGCUGGCUACCAGGCUACGUGCUGGAGCUAUGCGUCUACUUAGGGGUCUACCGGCACGGACGGGCCUGGGAGCUCUUCUACUUCAUGUGCACGGUGCUCCAGUACCUGCACCCCUGCAUCAACCCUCUCCUCUACGUGCUGCUGUCCAGGCGCCACAGGAGGGCGGCCCGGCUCUUUGGUUGUCGCCGGAACAGAGUGCGGCCGCAGGUCGUCAGUGCGUCCGCGGACAGUUCAGCUCACACAUCGUAA